UCAUUCAUCAACACAACUCGAUACACAGCCGUUACCUACUUAACUUCUUCUUCUUCUUCUUCUUCUUCUUCUUCUUCUUCUUCUUCUUCGUUUCAAGUAUGAGUACAGCAACCUUCAUCGACAUCAUCAUCGCCAUCCUCUUGCCUCCUCUUGGAGUGUUUCUCAAGUUUGGCUGCGGGGUAGAGUUCUGGAUCUGUCUGAUUCUGACUCUUUUUGGGUACCUUCCUGGGAUCAUUUAUGCUAUCUGGGUCAUCACUAAGUGAUCGAUACAGCCACUCAUACUUCGAGCUUCUGUGGUAGUCGUACAGAUGUGAAGGGCACAUAAGUUCUGUAGUUUUCACCGUUGGAUUGGAUAGCACUUGUUUGGUGUAGACAAUAAUGUAGUGGCGUCAUUUCUCCUUUGUAUUUAGCUUAUUGUGUUUUCACAUCAUGUCCAUCUCUUGUUGAACGGUGGGGUUUGAUUGGUAUUCUAUAUGGAUUAAUGUCUAGUAGAACAUUAAUCAUUUUUUAAUUCUCAAUGUGGAUUUGAUUGGAGUUCUAUGUGAUUCUUAUCUACCAACCCGGUAGGGUUUGGAGGGUAUCAUUAGCUUUAUGAAUAAUACUGAGUGCUCUAUUACU